AUUUAUGUUCAUGUGACACAUCAUCGCGACUGCACUCGGCCUUUGGGAUGCAAGCUUCCUAUCCGCUGGUUAUUAGGAGCUAAAGCAGAGGUUACAUUGAGGAACAUUUUGAAUAUGGAAACAUUGGAAUGAAGUGAAACAAAAUGUAAAGGAUUGGUCAGAGAAAGCUAAAGGUUCCAAGUCUAAAAGGCUGCUAAUUCUUGGAGGAACAAGCCAUUACUGUGGCCAGUUUCUGAUCCUCAAUUCAGCAGCCAUGGCAAGUAUGUUUGGGAGGCUAAAGGGGGGACAGCAACAGGGCAGCAGAUCGACCAACCCCAGCAAUAGCAAGGAUGACAUUCUGAGCAUAAUGGAUCAGUUUGGGGAACAUUCGGCAAACACAAAUAAUAAAGAGGACAAUAAUAACACAAAACGUCGUGACAGUCAUGAGCGGGAGAAUGUUGACCCAAAUGAGCUGCACUGGGAUAUGGCAGAUGACUGUUCCUCCAGCAUGGGUACUGCACACCCUCAUUCUUACAGCAUGGAAUGGGAUCGUCUCUUCACUAGACCUCAGUAUCUUAAAUGGAUCAGACACCAAGCUAUUUUGGGUGAACUUCGGCCAUGCCGCUUUCGCAGCAUUUGUUGGCGACUGUUCUUGGAAGUUCUGCCAGAAGACAUGGACAUGUGGUCAGAGAAAGCUAGGCAAGACCGGGUCAAGUAUGAUGCUCUUAAAAACAUGCUGAUCACUAAUCCCCGUGGAGAUGUUGAUUCAGUGAAUGUAGCAGUCAACAACCCAUUGUCUCAAGAUGAAGAGAGUCCAUGGAACAGAUUCUUCCAAGACAAUGAACUACGACUAACAAUCAAGCAGGAUGUCAUUCGCACUUUCCCGGAAUUAGCCUUCUUCAGGGAGCAAAACAUGCAAGAUGCUUUGAUAAACGUUCUUUUCUAUUACUGUCGAUUACACCAGACCCUUUCAUAUAAGCAGGGCAUGCAUGAACUGUUGGCACCAAUCAUUUUUGUUCUCCACUCAGACCAUCAGGCCUUUCUUCAUGCAUCGGAGUCCGAGACAGUUCUGACACACAUUAUUCACAAUUUCAGUUUGGUUCAGCCUAUAUACAGGCCUAUUAUCAAAGACAUGUUGGAUCCACAAUACUUGGAACAUGAUGCUUAUUUCAUGUUCUGUCAAGUUAUGACAACUGUUGAGCCCUGGUACCUGUCUAAAGAUGUACCCAGUGCACCCAAGAAACAUGAAGUUUUCACGUCUCAGCCGUUUGCCAGGCCUCAGGAUCUGAUACCAUCAAGUGUCAUUGUCACUAAGCUGACACGCAUCCAGGACUACCUCUUGAAAAAGGCUGAUUUAGAGCUUCAUGCACACUUAGAACAGCUUGAAAUUGCUCCACAGAUCUACGGAAUACGGUGGCUGAGACUUUUGUUCGGGCGAGAGUUUCCUAUGCAGGACCUUCUUAUGUUGUGGGAUGCCAUCUUCGCUGAUUCCAUAGGCUUUGACCUUGUGGAUUACAUCUUUGCAGCCAUGAUGCUGUAUAUAAGAGAACUUUUGCUGGCCAGUGACUAUGCAGGCUGCCUUAGUGCCCUGAUGAAGUAUCCUCAGGUGUCUGAUGCCCAUUACUUCAUUGACAAGGCACUGUGGCUGCGAGAACCUACUCAAUAUCCACGGCCUCAAAACUAUUACCAUCAGGUUGUUCACAAAAACCAGGUUGUCUCAUCUCGCAUGAAACAGACCCAUCACUCUCAGCGACAACAUGGGAUGGGAGGCUUCUCCUCCUUUUCACGUAGAUUCAGCCGCCCCAAAACUCUCUCCGUCUCUGCUUUCCAAAAAAAUCUACCCAAAUCUUCCAGUGAACCAAUGAACUUGCAGACUGACAUUUCACCAGGCAUAGUGGCUUUGAAAUCUGUUCUUGCUCACAAUGGAGUGACACCCCCUCAGGGCAAGCGAGGAUCCACAGCUAGCCUUUCCCAGGUGGAAGACAGCAUGUUCCAUCAGCAUCAUGGACACUCUUCUGCCUCCCUGGGCCACGUGGAUGUUGCAAACCUGCGCUCCGCACAGUCAAGUCCUGCUGCCUACAGUCCUGUUGGAUUCAGCCCUGAUGCCAUGUCAGAGCAGAGUUGUGGUAGCCCGACAAAGUACUCCACUCUGCCAAUGCGGGGCAAAUCUAAAGUCAGAAAGAUGUCGAAGCAGGAACAGGAAACACACCAGCAACUGGCCACAUUGCAAGGUCAGCUGAAUGACAAAGCUGCCAUGUGUCGCUAUUGUGCCAGCAAACUGGACAUCCACAUAGGGCGACUUCAAGAAGCGCUGUCACGACAAAAUUUGAGUACAGACGAUGAUAUCAUGGUGGCCUUGGCUGGCAUAAAGCUUGUUCGUGAUAUUCUUAGUGGAACUCUUCGAUUUUCACGGAACAUUGAUGAUGAUGAAAUCAGCAUUAGUGAUAACUACUAUGACCAAGUUGCCACUCCAGAUUCCGACUUCAAUAUGCCAGGUGCAGCAUCAGCAUCAAAGGGUACAGGCAGUUCUCAAGCUAAAGACCGACGGCGACAUAUGUUUUAUAUGAGCAGUGGAGAAACUUCGUCAGCUGCUGAAUCACCUGAGUCUCUUAAUGGAACUCUUGGCUCGGGAUUUCCACCUCACUUGGCCUGCUCUGUAGGUGGGGAAUACGAACUUGGCGAUUACUUUAAAUCCAAGACAUUCAGCAGCAGUGCUAAGGGAGGGAACUGCACGGAAGUGUUAGAGGGGAGAGAAUCGGCAACAGAGACCUCCAGCCAGUCAAGUACUAAUACUACAGGUGCAAGUGUGCUUGCGGACAAUGUAGAGGAAUCACCGAAUCCACUGUAUCGCCUUGAUUGGGCUGAAGAUCGAGCAUAGGUUGUGGAGAACACAGUCUAGGUCUUAUCAAUACAUGAGCAUUCAUGAUCAAGAUCCUAAACCCACUGUCAGUGCAUGCUUUUGUCUCGUGUCAAUUUUCUUUGGACUUUUCCACGUUUGUGAUGUAUUCAUAUAUCUGAUUGUGAUUUCUUUAUUUGUUUACACAGGGCAUUCCAUGGCAGUAGCUGCAGAGGGCUAGGAUUGCUCUGCCAACAUUAGCUAGCUGCUGCAUUCUCGUAGCCUGCAUGUAACUAAAAGGGUGCACCACACUUGCUGGUGGGUUAUUACAUAGCAAUUGCCAACCACCUGAAGUUUGUGCCCACAGGGGACAGCACCAUCUGUGUAGAGAGCUGGUUGGGAAACACAAUUGCAAAGCACAAUUUACUGACGUGCAAUUGUAUGGUACCCAUAUCUGUGAGAUAGCUUUGUGAAGUAUGCAUCAUUGUAUAGUACCCAUAUCUGUGAGCUAUGCUGUUCAUUUCUGAAGAAUGGCAGAUACCGUGAAGGAGAGUGUCAGCUGAAAGAAGGAAGCCUCUAAGAACACAUAGACAAUGUGUGUGAUGGUACAUGGCCAUGGCUAAAUAGCGCAGGGCAAAGACCAUAUGCCUCAGAGCAGAUCACAAAGGAAAAGCUUGUUGGGUUUUAGCAGGUAGAAGAAAAUAUCUGACACAUUCCAAGGGCAAAUCACCUUGGUAUCUGAGGUCGAUCAAGUACUAUUUUUAGAUGAUAUUACUGCGACAUGGUUUUCUUCUUCUUUUUUUUUUUUGUUUGUUUUACUUUUGGUUUUUUUAAAAGCACAGGACAAAGAGAUUCUGUUAGAAAUUGUGAAUACUAAGAUGGCAGGUUAUCUUUCCUGUUCGCUUUUCUCUGAAAAACAUUAACACCCAUUGGCAGCACCAAUAUUCAGAUUUUCUGAUCAGCUCCACUGAACCUUCCAGAUUUUAUCAUGAACUUUACUGACAUUGCUGCAUCUGUGUUUGUAGGUGAAUGUGACAUUCACGGUAACAGGGGAGAGGCUCUUCAGGUCAGUGCACAAACUGUUGUCAGCAUCCUGGAAAUGGAACAAACAAUUGUUAACAUUCCAGGAAGCAAACAAACCAUUACCAACAUCCUAGAAAUGGGACAAAAACAGUGUAUAUAAAAAAAAUAUCCACAUUCAAACUUUAAUUCAGAAAAAAUACUGCAUAAGUAAACUAGUUUAGGUCAAACACUAUGAUUAGAAAACACCUAAAUGUUCACAUAGUGUGUGUCUUUUGUCAUAAAAAGAGACAUUAGAAUGUAUACUUAUUUGUAAUUACAUAUUUAGCCAAGAUCAAGUGGAUGAUAUCUGCAAAAGAGAAUACAAGGGUACAACUGAGCAUACCAUUCAGCAUGUAUCAUUGCCAUGUUUUACAUCAUAAAAUUAUCAAAACUUUUUGUUAUUGAAGUAGAGGAUGUUAUUGCAGUUUUCUCUUGAAAUAGAAGCACAUGAAGAUCUUAAUCUAGAUUUCAGUGGCAAUCUUUUGAGUGGCUGCUGUCAGACAGGGUUGUGGAUGAGCUUCAACAGAGUGCAGAAUCUACUUUAUCGUGUGCUGACAUGUUUGUUUCCAGGCCUGAGGCACAAGAGGCCACGUCUAGGCUGUAUAGAUGAUAGUGGCUGUUGGCAUAGUAAGAUUGCUGAGUCCUUUUCAUGUGUAUAGACUAAGCAAGGCUCAUCUGGCACUCAUUUCAAGAACAGUGAUGUUAUUGUCAGUGGUAUUAUUUAAAUUAUUUCCAGCAAGUUUUUUUUAGGGGGUUAAAAUUAUAUUUAGCAUUCAUGCUGUCAUUGUCAGAUUUUCUGCUUCUUUUAAGCAACGUAAUCCUUUUGUGUUAAAGAGAUCAAAAUCAAAACGUUUUAGAAACAAACAUUUAAACUUUUCCCUGAUCAGUACUUCAUGGAAUCCCCUACCUUUCUCCUUCCCCUCCACUAAACAGUAAGCAAGUAGUUAAACAUUGUUGCUAGCUGCAUAUUGCUUGUUAGGCUUCAGUGACAGUCUGUGAUAUGCUUUGACAUUUUGAAAAACUGUGAAAUAAGCUGUGAAGUCAACAACAGGGCAGCUGUUUUCUUCACUUUAUUGUGAAUCAUCAAAUUGUGAAAGUUAGGACAGAAAGCGACAUUAUGUGCAUGCAAAUGUGUGACUGUGUAAGUGUUAUUCUGUAUGUGAUAGAAAAUAACAGUUUGUUCACUUUUCUAAUCAGUGUUGACAACACAAUUGUUUAGCUGCAUUAUCUUUCUUAUGUGUUUCAUUAAUACAAAAUUCCCUCUGCCAUUAACUUACAAAAUGUGCAUAUUGAGACUAUAAGCUUAAACAGUGUUACAUUCCAUGUAAGAUUAUGAUUGCAAAUGUACAUAGUGAAAAUACUUCUCUGGGCCCAAGUUUCACCUCCAGAAAGUGUAAUUGCAUAAGAAUUUGCAGAUGUGAUGUAACUAAACAUUGAGCUAAAUAUUUACAUUUGUUAACAUUAUUUUUGUUCAUUUGUAGGAAAUCAGUUGUGCAUAAUGAAUGAUGUAUAUGAAUUAACAGAAUUCUUGAAGGGAUAGUGCAAUCAGCUUAAACUUUUGUUGUGAGUUAUGUCAUCAUUUGUUUUCUGCUAAAAAUGUUAAAUAGGAUGAUUUUUAAAAUCUUAAAAAUCUAUCCCAAGCAAACAUUUAAAGCAGCUGCAGCAAAUGCCUUUAUUGAAAAAUGUUUAAAUUACAUAUUGAUUUGACUGAUUAUUACUAUAUUUAACAAAAUUGUGCAGUCCUGUGGAUUUGGGUGAAUACAGUAAGUUGCACAAUAUUGAUCUUCUGGAUUAACUGCGACUGUCAGCUCUUGGACCACUUGCAGUUUCCAUGAGUAAAACAAUGGCUUUAGGGUGUAUAUAAUAAUCUCGGGCUUUGCUGUGUGUUGAAAGCAUGUACAGAUGUCAGGGCCCACAGUCAGAUUAGACUGAUUGCUGAUGCCACCAUCUUACUUUCCUACUUGCAUGCUACCACGAUCCACAUUUAUAUUACAGCGGAGUAGGUUUUGCUUUCUGAUCAUGUAACUAAUUUACUAAAGCGUUUUAUGUAAAGCUCAUUGUACAUUCAAGACACAAAAUGGUUCAGUGUUUGAUUGUUAGCGUAACUUACGUGAGUUUGAACCAUAUUGUACCCUGCAGGCAGGCGCUCACUGAACCUGACGAUGACGGGGCAGCUGAGAAAUGGAGAAGUUUGUCUUCAUUGGUCACAAGCUUUCUAUUUUCAUGUUAUUCGUUUAUUUAACAAUUUUUUGAGAAACAUGGUCAGUUUCAUUGGCUGUUCUGUGUUUAUUAUCUUAGGAAGUGAUAAUCAUAAAGUUUCUUUAAAGCAGUUUUCAAACAUGGAGCUAUUCUGUUUACAGAAGUAUGUUUGUGUUCUUACUAGCAAUACAAUAGUAUGGUUUGUUUUUUCCACAUGUGAGCCACAUUUCUGCAGUGAUCCUGAUAGUGCAAUGAGUUUGUGGUACUGGAGAAGAUGGCUCAACGUCAGACAGCACAUUAUCAUGAGAAUACCUACGCCAGUUUUGCUUGUAGUCGAUACCAAUUUGUAGUGAUUCAAAGACUGUGUCAAAGGUCAGAGAUAGCGCACAAAGUGAAGGAAAUGCGUGCAAAGUUAUGAAGGUGUGUACCUGAUGUGCCUGUCGUUAGACCAGCGCCCAACAGAGCGUUCGUCACAAACCAUGUAUUACCAUUAUUUGCGUGUCCUUUUUCAUUAGAGGUGGAGAGGUUUGUGGUGGACACAGUUUUCUAUGAUUUGCUAGCAUGAAAGAACACACUGCGUGUUUUUCUUUCAGUUUCAAAACCUGUUUACCGUCUGCAUUGGCUCUGCUUUCACUGCUAUGUUGUGGAGAGACGGCCAGCCAUGUUUUCAUUCCUAAAUGUGAUUGCUGUCUGUACAUGUGUGUAUAACUGUUGCGAAACGAUAGAUGUCGUCAGGUCUUUUGUUGAAUAAAAUGUAUGAUCACUCA